UGAGCUACCGGCAUGAUAUGCGUUUUGCCUCGAAACUGAAGCUUGCAUCAUCUUUCAUAAAAACAACACUUUGUCAUAAUUGCCCUACCCGCUGUUUCACAACUACUGAUCAGUUGUUCAAGUUACCAGCAAAUUGGGGCUCUGGAAAAUCUAGACGAAAGCUCGCGUUACUAAAGCUAAAGUACGGAGAAGAUUACCUGAAGUUCACGAUGUCCGGAAGUGAAGCUGUCAACUUGGAGGAAAUCCUAGCCCCUCUCAGGAUCGCUGUCAAGGAGCAAGGAGAUAUUGUCCGUAAAAUGAAAGAGGAGAAGGCUGCUGAGAUUGAUAUUAAAAAAGCUGUCACUGAAUUGAAAGCCAGAAGAAAGGCUUUGGAAGACAAGGAAUUAGCCUUCCAAGCCAAAGAUGAUAAAUUUGAUCGAAGUAGAAUGGAAGAUCUGUUGAAGAGAAGGUUUUUCUAUGAUAACUCAUUCGCUAUUUAUGGAGGUGUUACUGGUUUGUUUGAUUUUGGUCCAGUGGGAUGUGCCAUGAAAACUAAUAUAUUGAAUCUAUGGAGAAAUCAUUUCAUAAUUGAAGAAAGUAUGUUGGAAGUUGAUUGUUCAAUGCUGACUCCUGAAGCCGUACUGAAGGCUUCAGGUCAUGUGGAAAGGUUUUCUGAUUUUAUGGUAAAAGACUUGAAAACUGGAGAAUGCUUCAGAGCUGAUCAUCUACUAGAAGCACAUAUGGAGAAGUUGUCAAUGGAUAAGAAAUGUACACCUGAGAAAAGAAAGGAGUAUGAACAGGUUGCCAGAGAGGUGGACAACUUUGAUCAAGAAACAUUAGGACAGAAAUUGAAGAUGUACAAUGUGAAAUCUCCUGUGAGUGGUAAUGAUGUCAGUGACCCCAUUGAGUUUAAUUUAAUGUUUAGUACGUCGAUUGGUCCGUCUGGUAUUAUUCCAGGAUUUUUAAGGCCAGAAACUGCGCAAGGAAUUUUUGUGAAUUUUAAGCGUUUAUUGGAGUUCAAUCAAGGAAGGUUGCCAUUCGCUGCCGCACAGAUUGGUAAUGCAUUUCGUAAUGAAAUCUCACCUAGAUCAGGUCUUAUACGAGUCAGAGAGUUUACGAUGGCUGAAAUUGAACAUUUUGUUGAUCCAAACCAUAAAGACCAUCCUAAAUUUGAAGAUGUGGCCGAUCUAAAUGUCACGUUGUAUCCUGCCAAAGUUCAACUGAAUGGAGAGUCACCACAAGUAUGGAAAAUAGGUGAUGCUGUAGAAAAGGGAAUAAUUGCUAACAAUGUAUUAGGAUACUUCAUGGCACGUAUCUAUCUAUUCCUCAUGAAAAUUGGUGUUAAAUCUGACAAGUUCCGAUUUCGACAGCAUCUUGAUAAUGAAAUGGCUCAUUAUGCUUGUGAUUGUUGGGAUGCAGAAUGUAAAACGUCUUACGGUUGGGUAGAAUGUGUUGGAUGUGCAGAUAGAUCUUGUUAUGAUUUAAAACAGCAUACAAAGGCUACUAAAGUACCGUUAGUUGCAGAGAAGAAAUUACCAGAACCAAAGACAAUUAAUGUUGUUGAAGUGCAACCACAGAAAAGUAUAAUUGGAAAAGAAUUCAAGAGAGAAGCCAAAGCAAUCAUGGAGUUUCUCUUGUCUUUCAAUGAAUGUGAUGUUGAAGAAUUGGAAUCAGCGCUUAAAGAGAAAGGGGAAAUGAUGUAUAAAAUAGACGGUAAAUCUUACACAAUUAAACCCAACAUGGUGAACAUCAAUAGAUGUCAGAAAAAAGUACACGUUGAAGAAAUCACCCCCUCUGUCAUUGAGCCAUCUUUUGGUAUUGGACGUAUUAUGUAUUCUAUAUUGGAACAUAACUUUGCAUGUCGAGAAGGUGAUGACCAGAGAGGCUACUUCACAUUGCCAGCAGUGAUUUCACCGGUGAAAUGUUCUGUUCUACCACUCAGCAACAAUGACCAAUUCAAACCAUUAGUUAAACAGUUAGCAUCUAAUCUAUCCAAGUUAGGAAUAUCUCAUAAAGUAGAUGAUAGUUCUGGUUCAAUAGGACGCCGUUAUGCACGAACUGAUGAAAUAGCGAUACCAUUCGGUAUCACUGUGGACUUUGAUAGUUUGCAGGAACCUUAUACAGCAACACUGAGAGAACGAGAUUCAAUGCAACAGAUACGAGCUCCGUUGAGUGAAUUACCAGGCAUCGUGAGUGAUUUAUCUACUGGUCAACGUGUAUGGACGGAAAUCCUUAAAAGUUACCCUUUAUUUGAAGGACAAGAAUCAGUGACAAAGUCAUAAAUCACACUAUUUAGUAUUUAUUAACUUUUCAGUGCUGAUACAAUUAAGUGAGCAGAAUGCCAUGGAAAUGUGAUUCAUAAUGGCUUUAACAUGCAGAUACCCUAAAAUAUAUAAUUCAUUACUCUACUGCUCAAUAAAAUUUUAUAAAAUUAUUGUA